AUGACUGUACGGCGCUCCGCCCGCAUUCAGGUUAAGUCGCAGUCUAUCCAGCCACCAGAAGGUGAUAACAAUGGUAUCCUGACUACUGCUCCUGCGAAAAAAAGAAAUAGCAGUGGCUCUGCGCAACUGAAUGGGGAAACCCAGGAUGGGAUCAACCCUUCAAAGGCUCCUGCCAGGCGCUCUCGGACAUCUAAACCAGCGGUCCCGAAAUCAACGACAUCGCCAAAUGAUCAAAACGACGAGGGCUUUGCUCUCCCAGAGCUCCCAAAGACGCCUCUCCCCAAGCGGCGCAGAACCGCAGCGACCGCCAACCUGCCGCCUAUAACGCCCACCCCCUCCGCCGUAGCUCUGAUCUCAUCGCCCGCAAACCGCUCCUCACCGCCAGUCUCAGACCAUCACGCCAGGCCCGCAGGACCGCACGCGACCAACGCGCCCCUUCAGACACCAGGCGGGAGCCGGUUGACAGCCUAUUCGGAAGAUGACCACGUGCUCGAGAGUCCUGUCAAGGGCGGAGUACGGCUACCCAGACCGACAACUACGACGGAGAACCUGCUCGAAGAGGCGAAAGCGCAUCUCCUGAGGGUCGAUACCACGGGGAGGCUCAAAGCUGUGGUUGAGAAGUAUCCAUGUAGGAUUUUCUCGCCGGAGGGGCUCAUGGAGGAGGUUGAUCCCUUUAGGAGUCUGACGAGCGGGAUUAUCGCACAGCAGGUCUCCGGCGCCGCCGCCUCCUCCAUCAAGAACAAGUUCAUCGCCCUGUUUCCCGACUGCGCCGGCUUCCCCACCCCCUCCCAAGUCGCCGCGGCCGACCUCUCCUUCCUCCGCACGGCUGGCCUCUCCGGCCGCAAAGCCGAAUACAUUCAAGGCCUUGCCCAAAAGUUCGCCUCAGGCGAGCUCUCCGCCUCCAUGCUACUCUCGGCCUCCGAUGACGAGGUAAUGGAAAAGCUGACAGCGGUGCGCGGCCUCGGAAGAUGGAGUGUCGAGAUGUUCGCGUGCUUCGGGCUGAAGCGGAUGGAUGUAUUUAGCACGGGGGAUCUGGGGGUGCAGAGGGGGAUGGCGGCGUGGAUGGGACGGGACGUGGGGAGGUUGAAGGCGAAAGGGGGUGGGAAGUGGAAGUAUAUGAGUGAGAAGGAGAUGGUGGACUUGAGUGAGGUGUUUAGGCCAUAUAGGAGCUUGUUCAUGUGGUAUAUGUGGAGGAUAGAGGACGUCAACGUCGAUGCAGUGCAGAAUGCUUGA